AUGGAAUACUUACAUAAUGAUUACCAUUGUCAAGUUGCACCAAGUAGUAUGCGUGGAUCAUUAACUGUUUGUGUACUUGGGUUUCUUUUUCCAUUUAUUAUUAUCGUAUGUAGCUAUGUAUAUACUAUAUAUUAUGUUCGACAACAUAAUCCAACAAUCGUCAUAAUUAAGCGACGAAAAAGUAUGCGUCGUGAUAUGAUUAUCUUAAAACGCAUACUUAUCAUUCUUACACUCUUGACAUCUUCUGCUGCACCACAUGCAUUUUUUCCUGUAGCUUACCGGAUUCUUGGAAGUCUUCCAACAUGUCAAACCAUAUUCGGGCCAAAUUAUCACCGACAUCGCGAAACUGCUAAAUUUGAAAUAUUACCUGCUGUUGAUUAUCCUUAUAUGAAAUUAUUUGACGCCUUAAAAAUGACAAGAUAUGAUUUCAAGUUGGCUAUCAUAUCAUCAUUAAUAACGAAAAGUCACAAACAAGGGACACUUCAUCUUGAUGAUCUUUAUGAUCUUCCUGAUUAUCUUAAUUCAACAUCAUUAACUAAUAAGCUGGAAAAAAAUUGGUUAGAAGAAAUAAAACGAUGUCCACAGAAUCCAAGUCUAAUUCGAGCUACAUUACGUACUAUGAGAUGGAAAUUGAUACUUAUUGGUCUUUUAUUAAUACCUCUUGAAUCAUUUUAUAUUGUCCAACCAUUAUUACUCAUCUAUUUCAUCAAGUUUUUCGAACCAUGUUCAACUAUGUUUUCUUGGGAAGCUUGGUUAGCAGCUUUAACUGUUAUUAUGCCACUAUUAUGUAUAAAUCUUAUCUCUCAUCAAUACAUUUAUCGUGUUGUCAUGUGUGCUAUACAAAUGAGAAUGGCUUACAGCGGUUUAAUUUUUCGAAAAGUACUUCGUUUAUCAAGUCGUGCAAUAAAUAAUUUUAGUUCUGGUGAAAUUAUAAAUUUAUUAGCAAAUGAUGCCAAUAAAGUCGCUCCACUACAAACGACUGUAGUUGUUCUCCUAUUGUGGUAUUUUGUUAAAUAUAUUAUUUUUAUUGCUGUUGGUCAUACGUUACUUCUCUUAUUGAUUCAACCAUUAUUCAGUCGUCUAUUUCUUUAUUUACGUACUCAAGUUUUGAAAAUAACAGAUGAACAUGUUAAAAUCAUGUUUGAGAUUAUUAAAUCAAUGCGUAUUGUAAAAAUGUAUUGUUGGGAAUCAGCAUUCGAAAGAAAAGUUCGUCAUACAUUUCUUUUAUUUGAUGAAUCUGAACAAGACAAUCGAUUGUUAUCAACAUCUUUAAAAGAUAUCGUAGAAAUAGAUAAAAUGGAUGAAAAUUCAAUAAAACAAAUAUCUCACGUUAUAUGCAAUUUAAAACAAGCACAAUGGCAAAAAAAUGGAAAAUUCUUAUUAAAAAAUAUUAUAUUCGAUGCUCAUCCAGGUGAUUUAAUUUGUAUUAUUGGAUCUGUUGAAUCUGGAAAAAGUUCACUUUUACAAACAUUAACAGGUGAAAUAACUUAUUUUGAUGGAAAAGUUCGAUUAUAUGGAUCAUUUUGUUAUGUAUCACAAGAAUCAUGGAUAGUCUCAUCAUCAAUAAAAAAUAAUAUUCUUUUUGGUAAAAAAUAUAAUUAUAAGUUAUUUCAACGUGUUGUUUAUGCAACUGCUCUUGAUGCAGAUUUUGUUCCAUUGUCUCAUGGUGAAAAUACACUUGUUGAUGAUCAAGGUGUCAUGUUAUCUGGAGGUCAAAAAGCACGUGUGAAUAUGGCAAGAGCACUUUAUCGUGAUGCUGAUAUUUAUCUAUUAGAUGAUCCACUUUCAGCUGUUGAUGCUAAACUUCGUAAUAAAAUUCGUAUUUUAGUUACUCAUCAAAUACAAUUUUUACAAGAUGCAACUAAAAUUAUUGUUCUUGAUAAUGGCGAAAUGCUUCUUGAAGAUAUUAAUCAACAUGAACAAGAACAACAACAACCGGUUUCUUUAUUAAAUCAACAAUCAAUGGUUGGUUCAAUAAAUUCAGAAAAAGAUAAUGUUGAUGAACAAGAUAUUAAUUCAUUAUCAAAAAAUCUUGAAACAAAACAAGAGGAACAGUAA